CACCGAGCAGCAGCUUAGCUCUUGUCCAUAUCCCAAGUUGUAUUAUCGUCAGCAGCAGCAUCAUCAAAAGCUUCAUUCUUUCUUGCAUCGCACAACAUUCUUUUUCGAGUGGGGGCAUACCCUCUACAUCGCCUGGCGAACAGCACAGCGAUAAGAGUGUCAACAAGCUGCCGAUAACGAACAAACGGUGAACUUUUCUUCCAUUCCUCGAACAACGAAGGGCUGAAAUCUUCACCUGUCCUAUUUAUCUAUCCGCAUUCCACGGAACUUAUCGAUACGGACGAGAGAAUCUACGACCUGAGGUCUGCAACAACCUCGGCGGCGCAUCGCCGUCAUCAACAACGACAUGGCGCCUCAAGAUGAUCUGUCGCCCGCUGGGAGCAGCACAUACUCGUCCAACACCAUGUACGUAGGUGACGGUACCUGGGACGCUACACGGAAUGACUUCCUCCUACCGAAUCUCCAAGGGCUGAAUUUCGAGACGAUGAGAUAUAAUGGAAUGGGAAAUAGAUUCGCAGGUCUCCCGCAAUACCACCAACUAAUCAAAGGCCACGGCGUCAUCGCAGUCAUAACCUUCCUCGUCAUCGUCCCCGCUGCGAUCCUCAUAGCUGCGUUCUAUGGCCGCUCGCCCUUCUGGGCGCUGCGCAUGCAUAUCUACCUCCAGAUCCUGACUGUGGCGCUCACCACUGUGGUAUUUACACUUGGGUGGUUUGCCGUUGGUCCAGAGCGGAGCCUCACGAAUCCGCAUCAUGGGAUUGGGCUGGCCAUAUAUGUGUUGGUGCUCUGGCAGGCGAUUACGGGGUGGUGGAUACAUAGGCGAGAGAGGGGGCGUGGGAGGAGGAGAUUGCCGGUCAAGCUUGUGUUGCAUCAGUGGUUGGGGAGAGCUACGGCUUUGCUUGGGUUUGCGCAGGUGCCGCUGGGAUUGACGCUUUAUGGGAGUCCGAAGUGGACGUUUAUUCUUUAUGCGCUGUGGAUGUUCUUUUUGUUGGUGUGGUUUUUUAUCUUGAGUUAUAGGGCUCAGAUUCCUAUUGAUACGGGGCUUGGGAGAGCGAGUAGUCAUGGUGGGACGGUUAUCGAGGAUAGGAAGCCGAGUAGAUUUGGUGGGUUGCUUGGUCCCUUGGCUGCGGGUGCUGGAGCAGCGGCUCUUUUGAGUGGGAGGAGAAGGGAUCGGAGUAGGAGCAGAAGUCGAGUGGAGGUAAUACCUAGUCGGAGAGGAAGCCGACGAGGAAGUGGAAGCUAUGUUGAAGAAGAGAAAUACGAUUCGCGACGAAGAGAUGAUCGUGGUGGUGGAGUAAUGGACAAAGUGCUCAAGGGAGCAGCAGUACUCGGUGUCGCGGGUCUAGCGAAGAGUUGGUACGAUGGAAGAAAGCGAAGAAGAGACGAAGAUGCAUAUUCUUCCGUUGCACCAGAUACACCAUCUCGACGAAAUGACCGUAGAGAUGACAGGCGAGACGACAGACGACGAUAUAGCGAUGAUACAGAGAGUGUUGAGGUUCAUCGUAUGGAAGAAGGCCGUACGAACCGUCCUAUUUUACCCGGACCAGGAGAUCCUGUUAUGGCAGCAGCAGCUAUCAGCGCAGCUGAAGCGCGGCCUGUGACGCCAAGACCAGUUCGUCAAGGAGCUCGACGAGAUUCUUAUGAUUCGGAUAGCUACUACGACUACGAUUCUACGAUCUCCCCAUCAAGACGCCCGCAGUCAUCACAUGGUGUACGAAAUGGACUUCUAGGUGCAUUGGGUGGAGCCUGGAUCGGAAAGAAAUUGAGUGACAGACGAAACAAGAAAGAAGCAGAUCGUCUAGCACGACUCGAACAAGACCGUAUCGAGGAAGAGAGACGUGCGCGCAGAGGACAAACUCCACAGCGCUUGACAGGCGAUGGAUUCCCUGCAGGACGACACGGAAGACGAGGAUCACGAACACAGUCUUCAGAUCUCUCAUCCGUGAUAGAUAAUCCACACGAUAUCCGACCUGGAGCAAUCCCACCUGUCCCACCAUCUUUCGCAGCUCCAGUAGCAGCUGGUGCAGCCGCAGGAGCAGCAAUCAGUCAAUCUCAGUCGAGACAUGAUAUCACGCAACAUGUCAUGGAGCCUGUUUCCAUGCCUCCAAUUCCACCUGAUCCACAAGGAAUCCUACAUCAAGAAUCAGGAAGCGAGUCGUACAUGUCAGCUGGUGGCCAUCCUCAUAGAAGACAUUCCGAGCGUCGAAGAAGAGAGGGUGAAGCAGCCAUGGCAGCCGCAGCUGGUGCAGCAGCUACUCUAGCUGCGGAAGAAGAGCGACGAAGACAAAGAAGUCAAUCUAGACACGAAGGCUCGAACGUAGCCAGUCCGCCCGUGAGCGUUAAAGUCAAAGUCCACGAUGAUAAAGACCGACACGUCACACUACGACGACUGACUGAGCAAGAAGCUGCCGCUGAACGAGAAGCCAGACGAUCAGAACGCCAUAGGAGACGAGCAGAUUCGCUGUCGAGUCUAAGCGGGACGGACACCGCCGCUUCGAGGAGAAGAUAUCGACGAGAUGAAAGAGAUGCUGAGCGGAGAGCAGAAUCUUCUGUCCCGCCACCUCCUCCGCCACCAGUCAUGGCUCCUUUAAGUCCUCCCAAUCCUGCGUUUGCAGCUGGACGAAGACCGAAAGAUAGUGCGUACUACAGCGGUAGACCAGGCGAACCAUCAGCUAGUGGCGGAGUCGGAGCACCCAGUGUCGAGAGUCCAGAGAGCCACGCUACUUGGUCAGCGAUGAGUCCUGAUGUCAGUCAAGGGGAUGGGGCUGAGGCUGCUGCUGAGAGGAGACGGAGGAGGCGGUUAGAGAGGAAUGCGAGGAAUCAUCCGGGUGGGACGACGGGGACGGUGGAUUUCACUUGAUGGGGAUUUGAAGCGGGCGUGGCGUUACGGGGUUGUAAAAAUAGUAGGAUGCAUGUCGCAUAAUUCGUUGGUAUUGGAGGACAGACAUUUAUGGUUCUCGUGUUUGCGGUGUGUUGCGUUGCAGAUAUACGAUGAGAUCAUGAUGGAUAGAUACCUAUUGUUGAGAUUGUAAUGAGAUCAUGUUCAU